AUGGGUUCAAAGUUUCAUGCACUCAUGUAUCCAUGGCUUGGAACUGGCCAUUUGACUCCGUUCUUGCAUCUUGCCAAUAAAAUGGCUGAGAAGGGUCAUAGGGUUACUUUCUUGCUUCCCAAGAAAGCUACGAAACAGUUUGAACAUCUCAAUCUGUUUCCAGACAACUUUGUUUUUCACACUAUCACUAUCCCUCGUGUCGACGGUCUCCCCGUCGGCGUCGAGUCAACCUCUGAAAUCCACUUGUCAUCAGCGAAGCUCUUGGCUUCGGCUAUGGACCUCACACGUGGUCAGGUUGAGGAUGUGGUCGGAGCCGAGAAACCGGACCUGAUCUUCUUCGACUUUGCUCAUUGGAUUCCGGAAAUAGCUAGAGAGUUUGGCGUCAAGGCUGUGCACUACCUCCUGUGGUCUGCAUCGAGUAUAGCUCUUUCUCUUGCCCCACGUGUUGAGUUAGGUGUUCCUCCGCCGGGAUAUCCUUCAUCGAAGGUGCUGCUUCGUAAACAAGAUGUUUACUCCAUCAAGUCCUUAACCGACAACGAUAACGAUAACAUACCAGGUUUCGUUGAACGAGUCUUUACAGGUCUUAUGACCUGCGACGUCAUUGCUACAAAGACAACAAGAGAAAUCGAAGGAAAAUAUUGCGACUAUAUCAGAGAGAAUUGCAAGAAAAAGGUUCUCUUGACGGGUCCAAUGUUCCCUAAGCCAGACAAGACUAGACAGCUAGAAGAACAAUGGAGCACCUGGCUAAGUGGGUUUGGACCAGACUCAGUGGUGUUCUGUGCAUUGGGAACAGAAGUCAAUUUGGAGAAAGAUCAGUUUCAAGAGCUCUGCUUAGCAAUGGAGCUAACAGGCUUACCGUUUCUUGUAGCGGUUAAGCCACCAAGAGGCGUAUCAACGAUUCAAGAGGCACUGCCGGAUGGAUUCGAGGAGCGGGUUAAAGGACGAGGAGUUGUUUCGGGAGGAUGGGUCCAACAGCCAUUGAUACUGUCUCAUCCAUCGGUGGGGUGCUUUGUGAGCCAUUGUGGGUUUGGAUCAACGUGGGAGGCUUUGUUGAGUGAUUGUCAGAUAGUGUUGCUACCUCAGGAAGCUGAGCAGGUCGUCAACACAAGAUUGAUGAGUGAGGAACUCGAGGUUGCGGUUGAAGUGGCAAGAGAUGAAACUGGAUGGUUCUCGAAAGAGAGCUUGCGUGAUGCUAUCAAUAGUGUGAUGAAGAGGGACAGCGAGCUUGGGGAUCUGGUGAAGAAGAAUCACACCAAGUUGAGGGAGACACUAGCUAGUCCUGGACUAAUGGACGGUUAUGCUGAUAAUUUCAUAGGAGCACUGCAGGAUCUCAUUAUCCAAACAUGA